CGCCGCCGGAGCGCGUAUCACUGCUGCACGGCACCGAAAUGGCGAACCACAUGAAGUUCGUGGCCCGGACAGUGAUGGUCCAGAAUGGGAACGUGGACACGGCUUAUAAAAUACUGAACAGGAUCCUGACGACGGACGGCAUCGUCGACGAGGCCAAGCGGAGGCGCUACUACGAGAAGCCAUGUCGCCGGAGGCAACGGGAGAACUACGAGGCGUGCCGGCGGAUCUACAGCAUGGAGAUGGGGGGGAAGAUCGCCUUCCUGAUGAGCAGGAACAGGCAGGACCCCUGGGCCGGCUGCUAGACCCCCCCGUCCCCCCGUUUAACAAGCACAGUGGUACCUACAGCAGGGCUGCCAAACCUUGCUUCGGUCAAAAAGAGAGAGACCCGGGAUUCUUCAGAAGUUGGGAUGGAGAGAAGACUCCAGUUGCGUCUCAGUUUGAUCCUCUCCUGGUUUUGACUCCUAGUUUAAUUGCAGGGGUGGGAGUCAGGCUCCAGUUGCAUCUCAGUUUGAUUAAACUGCCCCUUUCCAGUCUCUGGUGUUUUCUUCCAAACCCAGUUCUGAAUCGAUUCAUCAUUAAACCUGAUAAACAUCCCUCCCUCCCUCCAUCCCUCCGUCCCUCCUUCCAGACUCCCUGAAGGAGCCCCGGGUCUCGCAUCAACCAACGCUGGGCGUCCCGUCGGUGUGCGUGUCUUUAGAGAUUAUAUUCUGUGAUCGUGUCAUCGCAAUAAAAACUUAUGAUUAUGAUGAUGA